AUGGGUGGAGAAGCUUAUUAUUCGGCACUUGGACAAAUCAAAAGCUCCAUGCGACAGAACCACUAUCGAACACACCGAGUACAGGCCCUUCAAGACAGAGCAAUGGCAUCCAUGCAUACCAACCGACGGACCAAUCAGACUGCAGCCAUGGCAGGGAUGAUCACUCUCAGCUCCGUCACUGGCAACCAAAAUAUCCCUCAUUUGAAGACAGAGCUGCAGGCCCGUGACUACACCGAAGAGGAGCUCUCUGGAAAGAAGAUCAAGGCACUCAAGACAAUGCUGAAAGCGUAUGAGAGCCAGCGUCUUGGUGGUCAAGGUGACAACAGCGUGGAAGACAUCAAGGCAUCGAACCACAGUCAACAGCCCCAUUCAUUCUAA